AUGCCUGCGUCCACUGAUACCGAGAACACAGACGAUAACGGGAAAGACGUCCACCAGGGCUCUCACCCGAGUGGGGUUUACUCUUCUCGCACCAUGCAGCAGAUGGGCAUUCCCCAGGGAGCGGUUCCUACGAAGUCCAAGACUCCCGACAUGGAGUUGGCAUCGGUCUCAGAGAUGAACACCGACGAGAGAGACUUUCGCAAGAAGCAGUCCCUGGGAGUGAUCUACGGCGAUAUUGGUACUAGCCCUCUUUACGUCUACUCGUCAACCUUCACCAGCGAACCAAGCAAGGCGGACAUUCUGGGCGCCGUGUCCCUCGUUAUCUGGGCUCUGACCAUCAUGGUGACCACCAAAUACGUGUGCAUUGUCUUAUCCGCAGAUGAUGAAGGCGAAGGAGGAACCUUUGCGUUGUACUCUCUUCUCUCCCGUUAUGCUCAUCUGGUCCGAUUCGACCCCCGCCACACUAAUCUGAUUCCGAUGCAACGUUUCAACACGGACGAUCUGCAGAAGCCUAACCAGAUGACAAGAAAUUUUCUGGAGCGAAGCAAAUUCAUGAAAUGGCUCUUGAAGAUUGUGGGCGCAUUUGGAGUAUCACUAUUGCUUGCCGAUGGCGUUCUUACUCCAGCACAGUCCAUUCUUGGAGCCAUUCAAGGGAUUACGGUUGUGAAUCCGAACAUCUCUUCGUCAACGGUUACGGGUGUCUCCUGUGCCAUCCUCGUCCUCGUCUUUCUCGUCCAACCCUUCGGGACUAGCAAGAUUGCCAGCACAUUUGCGCCGAUAGUCAUCGUCUGGAUGAUUUUCAACCUGACCUUCGGAAUCUACAACCUCGCUAUGUACGACGCGUCUAUUCUAAAGGCUUUCUCUCCAUAUUUUGCCGGGUCUUUCUUGGUCCGUAACGGGCGAUCAGGCUGGUUGCAGCUUGGUGGUAUCCUGCUGGCAUUCACGGGAGUCGAAACUCUCUUCGCUGAUCUGGGAGCAUUCAGCCAAAGAGCAGUUCGCAUGUCUUGGCUGUUCUUUGUUUACCCAUGCUUGAUGGUCUCGUACAUCGGGCAAGGUGCACACAUCAGUGUUGUUCCCAGCGCAUAUGCCAACCCUUUCUUCCUCACAGUCCCUCCGGGAAUGCUUUACCCCAGUCUUGUAAUGGCAGUUCUGGCCUGCGUCGUUGCCAGCCAAGCGGUGAUCACCGGUUCGUUCCAGUUGCUGGCUCAAAUCAUGAAAUUAUCAUAUUUCCCCCAAAUUAGAGUCUAUCACACAUCCAAAACCUUCCACGGACAGGUUUACAUUCCCAUGGCCAACUGGCUUAUGAUGAUUGGUACUGUGAUUGUGACAGCUGUCUAUAACAAUACCACAGCCUUGGGUGAGGCCUAUGGAGCCUGCGUGAUUCUCGUCUCAUUCCUGACUACGUGCAUGGUUACUGUGGUGGCGCUCAUCGUGUGGCGACUACCAAUCUAUCUCGUCCUACCUGUUUUCGUCGUCUUCGCUCUCUGGGACGGCAUGUUCCUUUCCGCCGCCCUGAGUAAGGUGCCGCACGGCGCAUGGUUUACCCUGAUGCUAGCCGUUGUUAUCACUUGUGUUUUCACGUUGUGGCGCUACGGCAAAGAAGAGCAAUGGUCCGCCGAAGAAUCUGACAACGCGCUUAUAUCCCAAACCACCAUGUUGAAAGAUACAGGGCUCCAGUUGCAGGAAUCGUUUGGAGGCUCAUGCAUCUCAACCAUCGCCGGCCUAGGUAUUUUCUUCGACAAGUCAGGCACUCCAGGCAACACCCCCAUUGUAUUCCUCCACUUCUUGCAGAAGUUCAGCGCCAUGCCCGAGGUAACAGUCUUUCUGCACCUACGACCACUCUCAGUCCCAUCUGUCGCUCCCAAUGAGCGAUACACCGUCACCCGUUGUUUCACAUAUGGCAGCGGACCGGGGAAAAAGCCAAUUCCAAACUGCUACCGCCUGAUGGUUCGACACGGCUACACUGACGAAAUCAUCACACCCGACUUGGCCGUCCUUGUUCUGGACCUGAUUCGCGCCUAUCUAUCCGCGGAUCAUCGUGAUAAUGAAAGAGCUGGUGAGUCAGAGGAAAUGAUCACCUUGCUAGGCGCCUGGAAGUCUCAGGUCAUCUACAUCGUCGGCAAAGAGCAAUUGAAGAUUGCGCAACGCACAAACUUCAUUCGCAAGAUAAUUCUCUGGUUAUUCUUGUGGGUGCGGGACUCUAGUCGAACUAAGAUCCAACAGAUGAAGGUCGAUAGCGAUCGUCUUGUGGAAGUGGGCUUCGUGAAGGAGAUUUAA